CACUCGGUCAAAUUACACACCCUGAUAUUCUUUGAAUACAGCAGUAUUUCUGAACGAUGAAUUCACCAAAGAUUUUACAGACCUCACGUCGUUCAAGGGGUUAUCGAAGUUUAAGUAAUGAAAUCUCUGGUGAAAAUGAUACAGAUACACUUAAUAAUGCAAAUAGUACAAAUAUGAGACGAACGAGCAUUACUUCGAAUUCUGCACAUUUAGCUACAAAUCUUGUGUACAACUUGCUUAGCCCUAAGUAUUCACCAGUUUUCAGGGCAACACGUUUCAAACAGAAACUAAACCGUAAAGAAUCCAAUAGAAAUGUUAACAGUAUUUACAACAGGCAAUCAACAAUUUCACCAGAGACAUCAUCUUUAGAGUCACUGGACUCUUUAAGUUCUACUGACUUAUUGCCUUCAGGAGACAUAAAAAAGGUUACAAAAAAGUUGAACAAACGAAACAGUGUAAAAGAAAGACUUGUAGAAGAUAAAAUAAAUGACUGUCGAUCAGAAUGCAAGCCAACUAAUUUCAAGGAUAAUAAAUACUAUCAAAGACCGUUGAACGCUUAUAAAACACUACAGGUAUACGAUGAACUUAAUGAUAGUUCUCCAAACGCUUCAUCAAAUACAAUUAUAAAAGGUGAUAAUAAAAGUCACGAGAAAUCUGGAACAUUACAUAAAAUUCUUCUUAGUCUACCAAUAAAUCGUAUCAAAAGAGAUCAUUUGUGCACAACACAAUCAGCUCCAUGUUCACCAAUAUUUCUAAAGAAAGAACAGACCAAUACCAAUCAACAUCUGUUCAAUCUUGAAAGAAUCACUUCACCAUAUUUUAAAAAGAAGAACAACUUUCGCCUGAAUCCAUUAACUAAAACAACUACUGAUUGUAAUGGUAAUCGUACUAACACAUCGUCUUCAACAUCGCCACUAUCGACUAACAGAAAAUAUUUAAAGGACACACUAAUGAUUCAUCAAAACCAUUCCAAAUGUCAAAAAAGCAACAACAAUAGUAACAGUGACAAUAAGUUAAGUAGUCUCCCAUUGUCUCAAUUAGAAUUAAAUAUACAACAGUUUAAAAUGAUCAAUCAAAAACUAGAAGGAAAUCGCUUCAGCACAAAUCACAGUAAUCAAAAUAAUGAUAAGGCAGAUAUUAAACUGUCAGCAAACAAUGAUCGCAAGCAUAAACUGGAGAUACAGAACUCAGGUAGUCACAGUCUAUUGGAAUCCAAAACUAAUUUAAGCACAUCAAAUUCAGAGGGUACUAGACGCCUAGAAACGCCUCCACCAAGUUAUUCAGAUUUAAAGCUAUUGAAUUCAUCUUCUCGAGAUCAUCUACUCACCAAUAAUGCUGACAGUAUAAAUUCUAACUACACGCUACUCUCAAAAGUUCCCGAUCCACUGCACACUCACAAUUCACUUGAAACGUAUAAAAAUCAUUUAAUCAGUAAAAGUGCGGGUGGUAAUAAUGCUGAUAAAUGUAAGAACCUGAUUUCAAAUAUGCCAAAUUCUAUUACAGAUGAAGAGAAAAGUUAUUCAGGUAAUACACAUGCUGAGACAGAUAAAUCUACAGAACAAACUGAUUCCUAUCGAGAGGUUAUACUUCAAAGACACGAUGCUACUGAACGCUUUGGUAUGCGGCUGGAAAGAACUAAAGGCGUAAGACAAGUGACUUAUAUAGCAAUGAUACUUCCAAGAUCACCAGCUCAGCUGGCUGGACUGAAGGUUGGUGAUCGUUUAAUUCGUGUCAAUGAACUCGAGACAGAUCAGAUGCUACUAGAAGAAUUAUUGAAUUACAUAAGGAAGUCUGAUGGACCGUUGUAUCUUUAUUAUCAAACAAGGCCGUUCACUUCAUAUCUUCUUACAACAGUUAUUCGAAAACAGAAUGGGAAAAUUGGAAUAAAACUAAGAAGCUAUCAAAACGAACUUCAGAUUGAUGUAGUCUUACCUAACUCACCUGCAUCACGUGUUGGUCUGCGUUCUGGUCAACAGGUAGUGUCACUGAAUGGACAAUGUGUACAUGGAUGGGACCAGCUGACUGCAAUGCACUGGUUUAGACAUUAUCCUGACGGUGUAGAUUUGACCAUAACUGUUUUAGACGAGUUGGACAAAACAGAAAAUUCAGGAAAAUUAAAAACGGGCAGAACAACAACACAUAUUACAACAACUGGUGAUACUUAUAGUACAGCCGACAACGGUAAUAUUCCAGGUUCAAAUCCAAGCACAAUUUUUGAUCCUCUCUCAUCACCUUCAAACAAACAACCAAUAUUGUCAAGAGAAUUCCUUGUACACAAUCCAGAUGUAGAUGUUUCGAAGGAAGGCCCAUCUGUAGUAUCUUCUACGUCACUUACGACAGACAACUUUGUUAUUUCUGAUCAAGUGUCAGAUUAUGCUCAUGAAAACAAUGUGAUAAACCCUUUGUUUCCUUUUGUAGAACAUAAACACGAUACUAGAUGUCAAUCAACCAACUUAUGUACACUGACUUCCUGUCCCUUGAAAAGAGAAGAUAGAAAGUUUUAUAUACCGAACCCUUCAGUGCUGAAUGUUAAUACAUGUGAGUGCACUACAAAAGACAGAUUACUACCUACUCAGGGUCAUAAUGACAAUCUCAUAAGCAGCAACCAUGAUAAUUCUAAUAAUUUGGACCAUCAAAAACUUAAUCAGUAUACUUUUGAUCACAGUCAACUAAACAUUCAAGAUUUGCAUGGCUCUCCUAUAAAUAAAAGUGAUAAAGUGUUAAUGGAAACACUUCAGAGUCAGAAUAAAGAUUCUAUUAAUUUAACAAAAACGUCAGAUGAUUUUGAGUCGAAUGAAAAACUACUUUGUUCAGACUCAUUUUUACAGAAUGAGUUUUUGUAUAAAACUGAUUGUGUUUGAGUUAUUUAUUUCUUUAGGACAAAGGUUAUGUUAAAUUUUAAACGCUUUUAAAAGAUACAAUACAUCCUAUAAUUUUAAAUGCAGCCUGUGUUAGAGUAAAGGACAAAUGUUUCAAAGCAUCAUAAUAUU